GUGAGUCAAAUCAAUAGACAAGACAGGACGACGCGCUUAUUAUAUUAUAUAUAUGCAACGCUGGUUGGGAGUAUCAUGAGCGGAUAUUUAUGCUUCACUCUCUCUAUUUCCGAACCUUUCGAGCCCGCGUCAGCCUGAAUCCGCGCCCUACAAUUUUUUCGAGAUACCGCUUUCGGAGCGCAAGCACAAGCACAUUUCACAUCAUGGAUCAGUUGAAGGUCCAUAAUUCGCUCCAGCCUGGGCCGCCAGUGCCUUUCGUGCCGAUCGAGAAGGGGAAGAUCAGUUGGUAUGUCUGCGGACCGACGGUCUACGAUCACUCGCACUUGGGGCAUGCGAGGAACUAUGUCGCGACCGAUAUCAUUCGGCGCAUUCUGAGAGACUACUUUGGGUUCAAGAUCAACUUUGUUAUGAACAUUACCGAUGUCGAUGAUAAGAUCAUUCUAAGAGCACGCCGUUCGAAAAUUCUCGAGCGUGAGAAGGCCAAGUCUCUCUCAGAGUCGGAAAUCUCGAAGCUCGGACAAGAGGCAUUCCAGGCAUAUGCCAAGGGAAACCUACCAGCGUUAUUAUCGAAUGGCCAGGAGCUCACCCCCGAGAACUAUGCCCAGCGACGCGAUGAUGUAUAUGCGAAGGUUCUUGCUGGGGGAACUCUCACCGGAGAGGGGAAGCCAGGAGACGACGAGGCGAAGAUGAAGAUGCACUUGAGCGCACUCACAGUUUCAGCGGAGGCUCUACAAAAGGGAGAGGUUUUUGGCGGCGCAGACGAGAUCUUAUUGCCAUAUCUAGAUUCGAUUUACAAGGAGAGCAUUGACUCGAAGGAACACUCUAUUUGGACCGAUGUUACACAGUACUGGGAGAAGGAUUUCAUGGGCGACAUGGAGGCGCUGAAUGUUUUGGAACCAGACGUCAUUACGAGGGUUACGGAAUACGUACCGCAGAUCGCUGAUUUCGUCCAGAAGGUUAUUGAGAAGGGAUUCGCAUACGAGUCUGAAGGGUCAGUGUACUUCGAUAUCGCGGCAUUCGAGAAGGCUGGCAACUCUUACGCCCGCCUGAGACCAGAUAGCAAGAAUGACCAGGCAUUAAUUGCGGAUGGCGAGGGAUCGCUGUCGAAGAGCCUUGGUGGCAAGCGUGGCGCGGGCGACUUUGCGUUGUGGAAGCGCUCAAAGCCUGGAGAGCCCAGCUGGCCCAGCCCGUGGGGUGAGGGUCGUCCUGGAUGGCACAUUGAGUGCUCCGUCAUGGCCUCUGAUGUUCUUGGCUCGCAGAUGGACAUGCACGCCGGUGGUAUCGAUCUUGCCUUCCCGCAUCACGAUAACGAGUUGGCGCAGAGCGAGGCGUAUUACUGCGAGCACGGUCAGCCGCAUACUUGGGUCAACUAUUUCCUGCACAUGGGCCAUCUGUCCAUUGCUGGCUCGAAGAUGUCGAAGUCUUUGAAGAACUUCCAGACUAUUCAGGAUGCGUUGAAGACUGGAUAUACUCCGAGAGCCAUGCGUAUUUUGUUCCUCAUGGGCAGAUGGAACGACGGCGUUGAAAUCUCGCCGGAUAUGAGGACCCAAGGUGACGGAUGGGAGACUUCGGUUAACAACUUCUUCACCACCACCAAGUCGCUGAUUGCUGAGGCAAGCGGCAAAGAGCCGCUGGAAAACCUUUCCUUGGGAGAUAGCGCUACAUUGGAUUCUGCUCUGGAAAAGGCACAAUCAGAGAUGCAGGCAGCCCUCGCAGACUCCUUCGACACGCCAAAGGCAAUGCGCUUGAUAUACGAGGUUGUGAAGGAGGCGAACAUAUACGUCAACACCCACAAAGCCUCCGUUGAUGUUCGCGAAGUCGAAAAGGUCGCUCGAUGGGUGACUAAGAUGGUCGGAAUCUUUGGACUGGAUGCCAAUGCAUCUCCACCCUACGAUGGCCUAGGAUGGGCCACCUCUGCGUCGGACAAGAUUACCAACCCUACCGAAGCCAUUGUCCCCUACUCUUCCGUCUAUAAUUGUGUCGUAUCGGCGAUUAAAGACCUCAAGAUCGAGUCGGCCUCUUUGGACACCCUACUCGCCAACGACACCAACGCGGAGUUCACAUCCGUCGUCUCCACUGGCGCAAACGACAUCCAAACCCUCUCCCUCCCCUACCUCCGCGCCGUAUCCCGCAUUCGCGACGAACUACGCCGCGUCGCUCCCACAGCUGCGGCCAAGAAGGACAUUCUCAAACUCUGCGACGAGAUCCGCGACACCGAUCUCACGAAUCUGGGCGUGUACCUCGAUGACAGGCCCGAUGGGCAGCCAUCGCUGAUCAAGUUCGUGCCGAAAGAAGAGCUGCUCGCCCAACGCGAGGAGAAGGCAGCAAAGGAGAGAGAGAAGGCGGCACAGAAGGAGGCGGCGAAGAUGUUGAGGGAGAAAGCUGAGGAGGAGAAAAAGAAGAAGGCUAGCGUUAGCCCGUACGAGAUGUUCAAGGGAGACGAGAGGUUCAGCGCCUGGGAUGCUGAUGGACUGCCGACGAAGACGAAGGAGGGCGAGGAUGUGCCGAAGAGCACGGGGAAGAAGCUGAAGAAGGACUGGGAUAGACAAAAGAAGCUGUGGGAGGAGCAUGGGGGGAAGAAGUAGGUUUAGACAGCAGUUGGUGGUCUGUAGGGCUGGUUGUGGAUUAACGUAAGC